UGUCGUUAAAUCACACGUUUACAAUAUAAGAAAAAAUAAACAUUUAUUUAUAAAAUAAUCCCAAAAAGAGCAAUAAAGCUUAAGACGGCGUUGCCGAAAAUAAAGUUGUUAAAAGGUUGCCGUUAUAUGUGAAGAAUUGGAGUUUUUCCCCUCUGAAUUGGUUGAACUGCGUAAUUUUCCGGAAGAGCAGGGGAGGUGUCAAAAGAACUUACCUCCACAAGAUAAAAAUUGUGUGUGUGAGUGGGAAAGAAGGAGUUGUUGGUUGAAUAUUUUUGUGAAAUUUGUUCGCUAAUCAUAAAGCUUACAGCUUUUUGAAAAUAUUUCGAAAAGUUGUUUAAUAACCGUCGGCUUUACAAUGGCUUUCAACUCAAAUAUGUCUGUUAUAACCUCACGAACAUCCUUGUCUUCAAUAUUGAAGACAUAUUCGCCGGCUGAAAGGGAAAAAACCAAAGCGAAUAUAAUGAAUAAAGUUCGCUUUGAAAUGCCAAAACAAAAAGGCAUCCUGGAAGUGGUAAAGGCCGUUGAAGAAAGACAACAUUUUGAAGCGAUGAAUGAAUUUGUGGCCUUUUUGACGGAAAACAAUCUUGAUGACACUGAAUUCAUAUCAAUAUUCACUGAUGCUCGCUCCAUUGUUAAUCAACUAAGUCCAAAAUUUACCCUUCUUGUCGAAGCUUUACUCUCACAGAAUUGGACAAUUCGAUCUCUGGAGGCACGUAAAGCAUAUUGUGAAUUUUGCCUUGAUAUACUGGUAGCUCAUAAUAAAUAUCUACAAUUUGGUAUAAAUAAACUAAUCAAUCUUUGGAUACCACAAGAAAACGAUAUAGGCCAAUGGCUAAAUGGAAAACCCAGCGCCGAGUUGGACAAUGGAUUGCAGGCAAUUCAUCAGUUGUUGGAACGUAUUUUAAAUGCUAUACCCAUGGCAUUUGAUGCCACCUUGGAUGCAAUUGAACAUUCAUUUCCCUAUUAUAAGAAAGCUACACAUAUUGUUGUGGGUUAUGUUCACAAUAUAUUGGAGUUAUUGAAAUAUAAACCAAUAUUUGGUGAAUAUGUCAUACAGUUGCUAAUGCAAAAUUUAAUCAUCUUGGAUGUCCAUGCUCCCCGUGCGGCCAUAGAAGAACUGGAAAGUGAUGAUGAAGAUGACGAUGAUGGCGAAGACAAUGAACCAGAAAUGUUUGAAAUGGACGAAUGCGAAAAAAAACCAGAUAUUGACCGACCCAUGAAUCAUCCCAUUGCCCAUACACUGGAUAUUUGCAUGAUGAAAAUAUUUGAAUUUUUGGAUUUGAAAAAUCCACAAAUUUUUCAACAAAACGAAAUGGAACGCCAACAAAAGACAGUAGAAUCUAUAAAAUUUUUACGUUUGCUUAUAAAAGCUUUCGACAACGUUAUAUUGCCCAUACACAACACCCAUCAUGCCCAGUUUAUAUUGUUUUAUUUUUGCAGUUUGAAGCAAUGCCUGGGGGAGCAGUUCUUAACAUCUUUAUGGGAUAAAAUUAAAAAUCCCAAUUGCUCGGCCGUCAUAAGACAAGCAUCUGUGGGUUAUAUGGCCAGUUUUUUGGCCCGUUCAAAAUAUAUUAACAUCAACAUCCUAAAACAUUAUCUCAAAGAAUUGUGUUCGUGGGCUCAUAAAUAUAUACGUGAUUGUGAUCAGUAUCGUUCCAAUGGUUCCUUAAAGGCAAACAUUGUAUUUUUCUCUGUUUGCCAGGCUAUAUUCUAUGUGAUAGCUUUUCGUUCACGCGAUUUAACUGUCGAUAAAAAGAGUUUAUUAUUUUUACAAAGUUUACAUUUGUCCGCCUUGGUCACAUGUAAUUUCAAUCCAUUGCGUGUGUGUUUACCGGCCGUGGCAACAGCCUUUGCUGGUGUGACUAGGGCCUAUCAAUUGGCAUAUUGCCAUGCAAUUCUAGAGCGUAAUGCCCGCCGCAAAUUGGCUACGGUUUAUGCAAAUGAUACAGCCACACCGGAAGAGACAUUGGAUACAUUCUUCCCCUUUGAUCCGUAUCUAUUAAAAUUGUCUGGCCAACGUAUUACCCCCAUUUAUUUGGUUUAUCAAGCCAGUGAAGCCGAAGAACAUAUUGCCGCAGAAAAUAUUUCAUCAAACGCAGCUGCGGCCAAGUCAAGAAAACGUGGUGAUUCCGAAAUGUUGGACGAUCAUGAAGUUGAUGAUUUCAUUCUAAGCGAUAAGCGACAAAGACUAACAAGUUUCUCAAAGAAUCCUGAGCGAGAAAAUCAAUUUACAUAUGGUCUGUCACCAGGAUUCCAUAUAUAGAACAAGUAUACAGUAUAAUUUAUACGGCAUGAAAAUCAAAAAUUGUAGAUAUUUACCUAAAAUUGUAGCAUAUAUAGGUAAUGUAGAUAUUGUAGUGCUUCAAAAAGAAAAUGUAGCUCUUU